CGCCUCGGGUCUUAACUAAAUUAUCGCUGCUGACGAAUUGUAAUUCCUAGAAGCUAAUAAGCCUCCCUCGAUCUACCUCUAAUUGGCGUUGUUCGUCCUCUUUUAAUUUCCCUCCCGGAAUUUUUAAUUUCUGGGAACCGUCAAAUCUUUCACACUCCAAGAGACUCAGCUCUGGACUAACUUAGUACCAGCUAGUAGGGACUAAGUAGUACGUACUCCCGGACAACGUACCAGAGUACUGCUAAGUUCUAGGUAUUCCUUCUCGCUCUCAUGUCCCUCCUCCUCCCCUGACUCGUUUUCCUCCCCGUCGCACCUUCGUUUUCGUUCUUUCCUUCCUUUCUCCCAUAGAGUUCUUGAAUAUUCACACUGCUACCAGGGUUAUGAAAUGAGAGUAUCCCACCGCAUCGGGGCGGCUGCCCUCCUUAUCAUCCUCAUCUUCCUCAUCAAGCGCCAUCUCGAUUCUACCACCGACGCCCCCCGUCCUAAAACCCUCUGGAACUACAACGUUGGCAGCAAAUCCGACAAUUCCGAGUUCGAUCUCUGGAAAUCAAAAUGGUCUGCUUCAGAAGCCGGCGUCUCUCGACAGGAGUACGAAACUACCCCCAUUGUCGUGCCUAACGAUCGGGUCAUCGUUAUGGCCAGAUUGUCGACCGAGGAUACCAACUGGGUCAGCGCUGAUUUGGCAGAUUGGCGAAAUUACAUUUACACCGUUGACGACGUCAAUGCCCGGAAACACACUCCCAAGAACAAAGGCCGCGAGAGUCUGGCCUACCUUCAGUACAUAGUGGAGCACUACGACGACCUCCCCUCGACCAUUGUCUUCCUUCACAGCCAUAAAGAUGGAUGGCCUGCUGCCUGGCACACGGACACCAUGGACUACAGCAACGUGGAAUCAAUUCGCGCCCUUCAAACCGACUUUAUCCAGCAGAACGGCUACGCCAAUUUGCGAUGCCAGGAGACCCCUGGCUGUCCCGAUGAAAUUAGACCCUUCCGCGACCCUCCCCGACCGGGCAAAACUGUAGAAAAGAUCUACGCCCAGGCUUGGCAGGAGUUGUUCCAUAACACCAACGUCCCCGAGGUGAUUGGUGUGCCGUGUUGUUCACAGUUUGCAGUUUCUCGCGAUCAAGUUCUAAAGCGCCCCUUGAGUGACUACCAACGAUUCUACAACUGGGUGUUGAACAACGAUCUCCCAGAUGAUAUGACAUCGCGAGUGAUGGAGUAUACUUGGCAUAUAAUAUUUGGACAGGAUCCGGUUUAUUGUCCCGACGUUUUCCAGUGUUACCAAGAUGUCUACGGCAACCCCUAUUUCUGGUGAUUCUUGUAUAUAAAUACCCUUUUAUUCUUCACUGCAUUUCCCCUUUUUCUCCCCUGCAUUUAUGAUGAUAUAUGUGACUACAUUUCGCUUCUGCCUAUACGGCAUUUGUUGUAUAUUAAUCAACUUUUGCAUCAAAACUG